GAGUGUCAGGUAGACAGGUAUAGGCUACUUGCCGAAGACUUAUCAGCUGGGAACAGGGCUACUCGUCUGCUGCUCGUCAGGAAAAUGGAUCUAACGCAAGAGUCCAUUAUGUCCAUAUUGGUAGAGGAGGGUGGAAAGGUGAAGAAUUCAGACAUUCUGAGUAAGUUUCAAACGUUACUUAAUUGUACUGAUCCAGUUGAAAAGAAACAAAAUAGGGAUCUAUUUAAGACACUUAUCAACAAUGUCGCAAUCGUGAAGGAGCUGGAGGACGGCAAAUAUGUAGUUCUUAAAAAGAGACAUCAGUAUUUAUUGAAACAAAUUAGUCCUGAAAAUGACGACAGUGACAAUGACCAGCUGAAGGUAGAACAUGAACCGACUUCAAAAGACAAGACAGACAAAGUCCAAGAGCGCAUCUCAUUUUUUCCGGAUGGGUUUGAUCGUGAGGACGCGGAACAUUCUUCUGAUUCAAACACUGAUAGAAAUACUUCCUCAUCUAAUGAACAUUCACCUAUACAGUUGGCACUACACAGGUCCAACGUAGGCCUAGGCCCAGUUGACAUCAAACCAAGAAAAUGUCUCAGCUUUGUCCGAAAACAAGUGAUUAGUUUAAACGAGUCAUCAGGACAAAAGGUUUUUCCUGUCCAGGCUACCGCAAACACCCACAAGCCCUGUGCACUUCCAUUAAGGCUACCAGCUACACAGGCAACAACUGAUCCCCAGAGUCGAAUCACAAAAGACACUAGUAGUCAAGAGGGAGACAACACCCCAAGAAACAAGAGGAGACCUUCUGUGGAGGGUGUGGUGCUCAGUUCUCCACUGCUGAGGCGCGGCUUUAAGAAUGCCAGACCCUCAGAUGAGCCCAAGCACACUGUGUUGGUGCCACUGGAGCGUAAUGAACAUGAGUGGCUGGUUAAAUCAGCCGCGGGACAUUGGGACCUGGUCUACGGCCUCCUGCUUAACGAUGGCCACCUAGCACAGAAGAGGGACUUCAUGUCCGGCUUUACUGCCCUGCACUGGGCCGUCAAGUGUGGCAACAGCAAAAUGGUCACCAAGAUCAUUGAGGUGUCCAGGAAAGUUGGCAGUGGGGCCGAUGUCAAUGCCAAGACCCAUGGUGGAUACACACCGUUGCACAUCGCAGCAAUACAUGAUCAGGAGUACAUCAUGACCCUACUGGUACGAGAGUAUGGGGCAGACGCACGCAUCAGGGACAACUGUGGCAAGAGGCCGUACCACUACCUGCACAAAGGGGUGUCCGAAGCCGUCAGGGAGCUGCUGGGGAUGCCCAAGGCCAUCCAACAGGCGGCGGCAGUGGUGGCGGCCCCGGGGAAGGAGGAAGCGGAGGGCACACUCCACACGACACUCACCCGCCUGUUCCAGCCCCACACCAUCGGUCACCUCAUGCUGAGGCCCAGACACAGGGAGGUGUUCUCCUCAGUCACGGAGGAGCCACUGGAGGUGUGAAGCAGGAACCACCUCAGAACCACCACAGAGCCUCUGCUUUCCGUCAUGGAAGUUAUGAAAAGCUCUUUGAGCUUUGACCUGCAUGCCAUGUAUGAAUGCCGCAUUCAAUGUUCAUUAUUGUAAUUAUGAUGACGGCAAUCAUGAAUAUGUUGAUGAUGAUUAUUGUUAAUAGUAGUAGUAGCAGUUGUAGUAGUUGCAGCAGUAUAGUAGUGUAAUAGUAGCAUUAGUUAUUAUUAUUGCAUCUAUGGGGAUGUCGUGGCCUACUGGUUAGGGCUUCAGGCUUGGAACCGAAGGGUUGCGGGUUCGAUCCCCGACCAGUGGAAACGGCUGAAGUGCUCUUGAGCAAGGCACCUAACCCCUCACUGCUCCCCGAGCGCCGAUGUAGCAAGGCAGCUCACUGUUCCGGGUUAGUGUAUGCUUCACCUCACUGUGUGCUCUGUGUGUUCAUUAAUUCACAGAUGGGAUAAAUGCAGAGACCAAAUUCCUUAUAUACACGUAUUGGCCUAGAAACCUGAUUUACAUUUACAUUUAUCAAUUGUAAAUCAGCAAUCGUGAAAUCCAAUGAGCAGUAUACUUGUAAUCAAAUUUUAUUAUUAUGCAAGAUUGAAUAUACUACCUGAUUCAGUGUUUUCCAUUUAGAUAAUGUUCAGGACAUACAGCAGUUUGUGUCCACUGAUUAUCUAUGUGAUUUUUGAACGCACCCCCACUGAACUGAUUCAUUAGCAUGUUUGAUUUACUGAAUAUAUAAUGAAUACGGAAUAGGCUACGUGGUUUACAGAUGAAUAUAUAAUGAAGACUGAAUAGGGUACAUGGUUUACAGAUCAUUGUAUCCAAUGCAACUUACAGGAAAGGCCACAUCUAUGUUUGCUUCUUAGGAAAUGCUUAGUGAUACUGACAUUGCUAAGACAUAGCCUUUCAGGCUAUUUUGAAAACUGUUGGAGCACAGUUUGGAGGCUGACAUGUUUAGAAUGGAGAUAUGUAAAACAAUGUGAGGGGAUAAACGUUACAUAUUAUGUGUUUGUCCCUGUGAUGAUUGUCUGAUGUGAGAGGCAGACUAUGAAUAAAUAAAUGAAUGCACUCAC